AUGUCCUUCAACCUCUAUUCGAUGUCACAGAUCCCCCAGGUCCCCGUCGAUCAUGCCCUCACUUCGCUCCCAUACAGAGUUUCGGAGCCAAGCGCCCGACUCGUGUCCUCCUACACGCCGCUUCAAAAUCAUGCAUGGCCGACGAAUUUAUAUGGAUACACCGAGCCUCUGUCAGGCUACGGCAACGUAAUACCAAGGCAGCCCCUACCGCCUUCCAGUUAUGAUCACGACUAUUCAUGGGGAUUGACGAUGCAAGCUGAUCGGAAAAACCCCGCGAUAACUGUCCCAACUAGCGCACGCUCGCACGUUGAGAUCAGCGGAUCAGGGGUGGUCGCGCAGACCCACGACGUAGCUUCAUCAUCCCAGCGCGAUGCAACUCGCCGUCCCUGCCUCUGGGGUCAAUGCAGAAUCAUGCUUGACGACCACAGCAACGGGGGGAUAGCGCGUCAUUUGCUGGAGUACCACACGGACAUCCUAUCCGGAGGCGCGGUCAACGCUGGUAGACAGUUUAACCGCGAAUGCGCUUCGAUCUGUCAGUGGAACUUGAAGGACGGUCAACCUUGUCGCAGCGAGCACGUCUAUCGUACGGUCCGCACGCUUGCACGGCACAUAUCGUCUCACCACAUGGGAGCCGGGCGAGUGACGUGCGAGGUUUGCGGGGUGGAGUUCAGUAGGAAGGAUGCUCUGAAGCGCCACCAAAAUGUGACCUGUCGCGGUCCAUCUGUUGCCAAUGGUCAGGGUAGCGGCCCGGGCCCUCUGCGCCGAACAAGACGACUCCUUCGUGGUGGUGAUACGUCCUUUAGGCAUUUACACCCAGAAGACUUCGGAAAACUGGUGCUAUGCGCUCGAAGUAUGCUGGACCUGAAAAUCUACAACGUUCGGCCUGGCCUGGUUCCUCUACCUUAUAUGCACCCCGCCAGAAUCUUGAAGUACAACGUCGAAGGACUCAGCCCGAACAGCCUUAUUACCGGAAGGCGCUGGGGCAGUACAGCACCAAGCUACAGUCACAUCCGGGUCUUAUUCAACUAA